CAAGAUCUGGCAAAAUGGCUCUGAAUCAGCAGCAACCCCCAUUUAUCAACCCAGUUGUCCCAUUCAGUUGUAUGAUCAGAGGAGGACUACAAGAUGGGAUGAGUAUCACUGUAUGUGGACGGGUUUUGCUGAAUGCAGACAGAUUUAACGUAAACCUCCAACAAGGGGCUGAGGUUGUUGCUCUGCAAGUUAACCCUCGCUAUCAGAUGCUCUGGAUUGGCCCUGGGUACGUUGUGCACAACACCCACCAGAAUGGGACGUGGGGCUGGGAGGAACGCAAGUUUGAAACGCCCUUCCCGAGAGGCCAGACGUUUUCUUUGCAGAUCCUCGUCACGCAGGAGUCUUACAAGAUACUCGCCAAUGGGAAACCUUUUUCGGAGUACAAGCACCGUAUGCCGUUCUCAGAUGUGGAUCGCAUCUGCGUGGUUGGAACGGUGGAACUGAGUUUAGUUACCUUCCACUCUCUUGCGCCUCGUCAUGCAGCACUUCCAGGAUCUUUGACAGUCCCGUACAAAAGCAUCAUCUAUGAUGGAGUACAGCCUGCAAAAUGCAUCAUCAUCCAAGGAGUCAUCACCCCACAAGCAAAACGAGUCGAGUUUAGUCUACGGCACAGAACUGGAAUUGCAUUUUACUACAGUCUUUGUUUUGAUGAGAAUGUGGUUGUGUGCAACAGCUAUGAGGAUGGGACAUGGGGAAAUGAGGAGCAAUCUGGACUCAAGCUGUUUGAGAGAGGGCAGCCUUUUCAGGUCACCAUUUGUUGCAGUCCUGAUAAUUACAAGAUGUUUGUCAAUGGUGAAAAAGCUUGCACUUACAGCCAUCGCUACACUAAACUGGAGGAGAUUGAUGUUUUGGAAGUUAGUGGAGACGUGCAGCUGAGCUUUGUGCAGCCCUGACAAAGAAUCCAUACAGGUCUAUGAGGAAUAGGUUCAAAACCUGCAUAAAUGAAAGAAAGAAACAUGCAAUGAUCUGUGUAUUCAUAUGCAAAUAUAUUUUGCUUGCAUGCAUAUUAAUCUGAUACCCAUGCGAUUGAAUGUCCACAGCAGCAGCGCUGUAAAAAUAAGUGUUCAUGCUGCCUUAAAAUUGUAUGUCUAGUCUACUUGUAAUGUGUCAUUGUACUAAGUGAAACUAUGAUUAAAGGGAUAGUUCCCCCC